AUGCGCCUCCUGCGAGCCUCUGGCGACGACUUCAUACUCGUCGAAUUUGUUCGCUACAUACCAACAUACGCAAUAUUAUCGCACACCUGGGGCGCCGACGAGGAUGAAGUCACUUUCAAGGACAUAUACAAGGGCAAAGGCAAAGGCAGAAAGAAGCCCGGCUACGCCAAACUCCAAUUUUGCGCUGCGCAGGCGGCUAAAGACAAGCUCGAAUUCUUCUGGGUUGAUACAUGUUGCAUCGAUAAGAGCAGUAGCGCGGAAUUAGCUGAAGCCAUCAAUUCGAUGUUUAAGUGGUAUCGCGAUUCGACAGCAUGCUACGUAUACCUCUCCGAUGUACCCAGCACUGGCACGCCAUAUUUACAGAGCAACAAGCAGCCGUCUUUCAAGGGCAAUCGAUGGUUUACACGUGGAUGGACGCUUCAGGAGCUUCUGGCCCCAGAGACUGUUGUCUUCUUCUCGGUGGACGGCACUAGAAUCGGGGAUAAGGUUUCCCUCGCAAAAGAAAUUUCAAAUGAGACGAAUAUCCCUGUAGCUGCAUUGGAGAAUGGAUCACGCCUCAUGCUCAAGUACCCUGUCGAGGAGCGCAUGAAUUGGGCUAAACAUCGUGGCACAAAACGGGAGGAAGAUGCCGCGUACUGCCUUCUUGGCAUAUUCCAAGUACAAAUGCCGCUCAUAUAUGGCGAAGGUAGAGCAAAAGCUUUCGGUCGCCUUCGUAAAGAGAUCGAAGAUGUAUACGGCACGCGUGACUGGAUCGAUAACUUCCUACAUCGAUACGGGCUCCCAUCGUUACAGCUUGAGAACUAA